UGCUGUGUGUAAGUUGACUAUGUAAACAAUUUGGAAUUUCCAACAAAUUAAUGUUUCUUACAAAAACAGUCAGUCUUUCCUCAUCUCUCAGCCAGGAGAGAUUGGCAUGCAUAGUAUUAAUAUUAGCCCUCCGAGUACAAGGAAGAGCAAGACAUGCCGCUCUGUUCUGGGCCAGCUGCAGCUUAACUUGGUCUUUCCUAUUAAUGUAUUACAUAUACCUUUUGAUUCUUAAGUAAUAUAACUUACAAACUUAGUACAGAAUCCAUAUAUCAUAACCCAAACAAUGUAUAGUUUCAACAUAUACAUAAACUGUUGGUCCUUCAGUUGAGAACAGCAGAACAUUUUUCAAGCCCAUCCCUCAAGUUCAGCUGUUUAGUUGAAAAAUGAAUUGUGGCUAUUGUUCUGUAAUGUAACUGGGUUCACCACAAAACAAAGUGUACAUGAAAUGCAAUACCCAUGUCUUUUCAGUGUAUUUAUAACCUAUUGUUCAUGUUGUGCCCAAGAACAUCCCUUAGCCGUGUGUAUUACUGAUAAUCCAUGGGUUCUCAUGCCUUAUUGCUUAAUUCAUACUUCAUUAUGUUAUUAAUCCUAUUUUUCAUUUUGUUUUCAAAUGAUCUAUAUGCACAGCUUGCUAAAGUAGUCUUUAGAACAAUACGGUCGUGAAACAGAGCAGGCUUGAUAAGUUGGCACAAUCGUGGGCUUUGUGCUUUGGCUCUCUGCAUGUUAUUUUUAAACAAUUUGCUAGCCCUCCUAUCAGCUUGCAUCUCAGACUUGAGUCCAGUGUCUGCUCUCAAUAGCCUUCUGUAUAAAGACAGAAAAGAGCCCUUCCCCUGUCCCUCUACCCCCUCACUCUCUCUCUCUCUCCCUCUCUCUUUCUCUAUGUGCCUCUCUCUUUCACACACUGUGUCAAGUCCCCUGACAGGGAGCCUGAUCACGUUGAGAGUUGAAAGUGGAGGAGGAGGGUGCCAGAGACAUCAGGUUUGCAUAAUAUACAGAGAGAGAGAGCACCUGCCAGGUGAAUGGGCUUCUGAGCGUUGGGCUGUCAUAUGUAAUGAUAAGGAAAGUACUGGACCAUGUGGUGGGGUUGUGACAGCAUGUGCGAUCCAACGGGAGCAGGAAAAAGGCACCAGUGGACCGGACAGCUCUUCUUAUACUCACUGCUAUACACUCUGAGGAGAAACAACCGUCCUAGGUUUCAACUUCAGUGGCAUUUUUAAUCUAACUGCAGUUGCUGGAUUUAUGCACAAAAGGAUAGCCCUCAAUUUGGGACCAUGGUUGUCAAACAGGGGAGGCAAUGGAGGUCGAUGUGCAAAGGCCUUGUCCUGGGUACCCUACUUACCAGCUGUAUGAUCCUGCUCUACUGCCUUUCUGCUCCACAGGUCCACUUCAACCUGCCCGAGGUGCCAGUGCCUUACUCCUGCGCUCAUCGGCCGGCUCAAGCUCACGCCUCACCACUCAGAAAUGGCUCCCAGUAUGCCACGGGACAGACGGGCCUCUGCACUCCCAAAGUGGAUGUCAUGUUCAUGAAGACCCACAAGACGGCCAGCAGCACGCUCCUCAACAUCCUCUUCCGCUUCGGAGAAAAGCACAGGCUCAAGUUUGCCUUUCCAGACAGCCGUAACGACUUCUUCUACCCAUCCUCAUUCCAACGCUCCCAGGUCAAGGACUACAGGCCUGGCAUGUGCUUCAAUAUCAUAUGCAACCACAUGCGCUUCAAUGCACCGGAGGUGGCCAAGGUGCUCCCCACAGACACCUCCUACAUCACCGUCCUCAGAGACCCGGCUGAGCUCUUUGAAUCCUCCUUCCACUACUUUGGCCGCCUGGUGCCCAUGACCUGGAAAAUACCAGGCAAGGACAAGGUGGGGGAGUUCCUGCGUGACCCCCGCCACUACUUUGACCCUGAUGGCUUCAACUCCUUCUACCUCAAGAAUCUUCUGUUCUUCGACUUCGGGCAGGACAACACUCUGGAGCUGGGCGACCCGAGGGUGGAGGAAGGCAUCCGGGCCAUCGCAGGCUGCUUCCAGCUGGUCAUGCUGGUGGAGCACUUUGAGGAGUCCCUCAUCCUGCUCAUGGACGCCCUCUGUUGGGAGAUGGACGACCUGCUCUUCUUCAAGCUCAACGCCCGGAAGGGCUCCACCGUGUCCAAACUGACCCCAGAGUUGAGGGCCAAGGCCCUGGAGUGGAACGCCGUGGACUGGAGGCUUUACCAACACUUCAAUGCCACCUUUUGGAGGAAGGUGGAGGCAUACGGGCACCAGCGGAUGGCUGACGACGUGGCGGAGCUCCGGAGGAGGAAUGCAGAGAUGGCGGCCGUCUGUAUUGAGGGAGGGCAUGCUGUGGAUGCAGAUAACAUCCAGGAGACAGUCAUGCAGCCCUGGCAGCCCAUCGGGGAGAAGUCCAUCAUGGGCUACAACCUGAAAAAGAACGUGGACAAGGCCCACCUCAAGCUGUGCCGUAAGAUGCUCACACCCGAGCUGCAAUACCUGACAGAGCUGGGGGUCAACCUGUGGAUCACUAAGCUGUGGGGACAUGUGAGAGACAUGAUCAACUGGUGACAAGCGGGUGACUGAAGGGUGAUUUGAGAGAGAGAGAGAGAGAGAGAGAGAGAGGCAUAUGUGGCCUGAGAGAGAGAGACAGAGGCAUAUCCGUGGCGAGAGAGAGAGAGAGAGAGAGAGAGAGAG